CUAGUAUCCAAUAGCCCCCAAUAAUGUGCCUCUAUAAUAAUAGUUUACCAAAACAGCUAUGUCCAAGAUAUAGAAUAUUAUAUGUAAUAAUUUCGUGAUUCUAAUGGACUAGUUGUGAAAUAUUUUUGAAUCCUAUCUCCCCGUUUUAACAGGUUUGGCAAGGCACAGCCUAACUCUACAAAAGAAAGGAAGAAGGGUAAUCACCAAAUUGAGAGUCUUCAAUCUUUGUGGAUAGCUGCUAUGCCGAUCAUCAGAAGCGUUACAAGGGAAUAUAUUGGCAAGCCAAUAAGAUGCAAAGCUGCAAUAUGCAAAAAAUCAGGUGAACCCCUUGUGAUAGAGGAAGUUGAAUUAGACCCACCUAAAUCAUGGGAAGUACGGAUCAAAAUUUUAUGCACAUCUCUCUGCCACUCUGAUGUCACCUUUUGGAAAAUGAAUUCUUCAGCACCUACUGCUAGGUUUCCAAGAAUUUUAGGACACGAAGCUGUGGGACUCGUGGAGAGUGUAGGGGAGAAUGUGGAAGAAGUGAAAGAGGGGGACUUGGUCGUGCCAGUGUUCCUCCCAAACUGUGGUGAAUGCAUAGACUGCGGGAGCACAAAGAGCAACAAUUGCACAAAGUUUGGGAACAAACCGAUCCGUGACAUGCCAAGAGAUGGAACAAGCAGGUUUAGAGACAUGAAAGGAGAAGUGGUGCAUCAUUUAUUGGGUGUUAGUAGCUUUUCUGAGUAUACAGUGGUGGAUGUAACCCAUGUGGUUAAAAUUACUCAUGAUAUUCCUCUUGAUAAGGCUUGCUUGCUUAGUUGCGGUGUUUCCACAGGGAUUGGGGCAGCGUGGAAGGUGGCGGAUGUAGAAAAAGGGACCACGGUGGCUAUUUUUGGGCUUGGUGCUGUAGGCUUGGCUGUUGCUGUAGCAGCAAAGCAACGAGGAGCUUCAAAGAUUAUAGGCGUUGAUCUAAAUCAUGACAAAUUUGAAAUAGGAAAACAAUUUGGAAUAACUGAUUUUGUGAAUCCCUCCUCCACCUCCAACGAGAAAUCUGUAAGCGAGGUGAUUAAGGAUAUGACAAAUGGAGGAGCUGAUUAUUGCUUCGAAUGCAUAGGCUUGGCAUCACUAAUGACAGAGGCUUUUAAUAGCAGUCGAGAAGGUUGGGGGAAAACGGUGAUAAUUGGGGUGGAAAUGCACGGUUCGCCAUUGACUUUAAAUCCUUAUGACAUUUUAAAAGGCAAAACCAUUACGGGAUCACUAUUUGGAGGCUUGAAACCAAAAUCUGAUCUCCCCCUCCUUGCUCAGAAGUACUUAGACAAAGAACUUAACUUGGAUGGCUUCAUAUCACAAGAGGUGGACUUCAAGGAUAUUAACAAAGCUUUUGACUAUCUCCUUCAAGGAAAGAGUAUCCGUUGCAUUAUAAGGAUGGAUCCUUGAUUAGCUAACUUGACAACAUUUCUUUGUUACCUCAAAACUCUUUCUUUCAUUUACCUCCAACAUAUGAUGGUAAACAUCUGUCAAUAAAAAUUGAUAGUAAACAGCUUCAUAAAUAAAUUGGUUAAUAAUACUAAUGGUACAAAUGGAAAUUUCAUUCGCUAAUGAAUGAUCUUUGUCCUCCAUUACUUGAGUUAAACCUCAGAGAUUACGCAUCUAUCGUGAAAAUGUCCACAUUUUAACAUCGAUGUUUGUUGAAAGAGGUCAAACCGUUGAAUGAAUUUUCGUACUUUGAAGAA